CAAGUUUUGUUGAAAUCCAGCAUUCACAGAAUGGCAACUACUGAGACCAUGAACGGACAGGAGCAGCACCCACAUGAAAUGACCGAGUAUAAUGGCACCCAUAGACUGUUUAUGCAGUCUAUGCUAUCGCAUCGUAUCCUGGAGGAAUCUCAGGCCGAAGUGAUCUACGAAAAGAUCUGCGACAUGCUCAACGCCGACAAAGCUGAUUUUGGUGACUUUGUUGCUGUUAUCAACAAGGAGAUCUCGGAUGUUGAUCUCGCCCUGAGACGGACAGUCGAUGAAUACAAUAGCAGUGCUAUCAUCGCUCUGGUGAAUACCAGAGGUGACGAAGUGGCACAGCUUGCAACAACCUAUACUGCAAAUGAGAUUGGAUUUUUCAAGCGAGUGCUGGAGUUGAUUGUUACCGCAGACGAUGAAGCGUUUUCUCUCGGUUCCAUGGCGGCUAUACGCGAAGGUCCAAAACUAAAACCCGCCUUUUCACAACGAGAAACGGAGGAGCUUCUCAACAAGCUGGUAGCUGACAAAUGGCUGAUGAGACGAAGAGAUGGAUACUACGUGUUGCAUAUGCGAAGCAUCAUUGAGCUACAAAAUUAUCUCAAGGAGACGUUUGAGAAUGAAAUUCACGAAUGUCUAAUGUGCAUGGAAAUUGUUACGGUGGGAGAGAGGUGCAGUCAAGGUCGAUGCGAAGUUCGAUUGCAUACACACUGUGCAGCAGGUUACUUUCCGGAGCAAGACAAUGGGUCCGAGAUCAAGUGUCCGACUUGCGGGACUACUUGGGCGAGGGAUAAUACCAUCGGCACAAUUAGACAAUGAUUCUAUGUUCAGCACGAACAGGAUCAAAUGUCUUUUCAGAACCAAGACACGAAAGUAGAAACCCUCUCAUCAUUGUAAAAAAAGACAUCCCUACACUCCACUCCAUUUGUACAUCCCUCAUUUUUUUUUUAUAACCAUUCUUAAUAACUGCCUCGUAUUUCUACGUACGAUAAUAUCUUCCACUACUGUCGUGUUAAUCCUCGAAGCGACACAUCGUAUACGACCUCUUCUAUGCGCUUCAAAUCGUAUUUAAGGCUGUCAAACCUAGAUAAACCGAUAUUUUAGCGCAUACAAUGACACCUAACAUAGAUAAUCCACAACAGAAAUGGCGCAAACCUCUUUCGUAAAUUAUCAUUCUUCAAGUUCAAAAGUUGAAAUCCUGCCAUCAAGUCCUUGACAAAGCUGGAUAUCCUGCGUGGUCGAUCGUAGUCUCCACUAGUGACUGAAUUGACAGCAAGCCGGGACUUUUUCCUUCAUAUUAGACAAUCUG